CUACUUUUUAUAGCCAAUACAUAAAUAUGAUGGAAUAUGUUUUCGUUGACGACUUGCAUAGAUAUAAACGUUUAAAAGUCACACGUGCAUGCGAGUCAUGCCGAAGAAGAAAAGUUAAAUGUGACGGUGGAUCUGGUGGUUCUCAAACUCCUUGCUCAAGUUGUAGAAAAUUAAAAAUCGAUUGUAUCUUUUCAAAUAUGGCCAUGAAAAGAACCGCUCCUAAAACUGAACAAGAACAAAUGGAUGAAAGAUUGCAACGAUCUGAAAGUUUACUGCAUAAACUUGAUGAAGAUGAUGUCAAGGCAAGAAAAG